CAGGUUCACAGCUACUGGCCUCCCACCAAUUUUACUUCUCCAUUUCAAUCUGUGCUGAUUGUACCUUUUGAUUCUUUUUACAAUGUCUACUGAUUUCAAUGGCACCUGGAACAUUAUAAGCAAUGAAAACUUCGAGUCUUACAUGCAAGCACUGGAUAUUGACUUUGUAACUCGUAAAAUUGCCAGUUUGCUGAGUCCUCAGAAGAUUAUUGAACAGAAAGGAGAUUCCUUCAUUAUCAAAACCAUAAGCUCAUUCAGAAACUAUGAAGUCCAGUUUACCGUGGGAGAAGAAUUUGAAGAAAAUACAAAAGGAUUAGACAAUCGUAAAUGUAAGCCCAUUUCUGAUCCAAUCGUAGCUCGGCGCCGGCCGUGCUCCCUCCUGAUUGGCCGGGGCGGCGAGGGCGCGCGCUCACGGGCCGGCCAUUGGCUGUUGCCAACGGGGGCGCGCGCCGCGUCACGUGAUCGAUUCAAAAUGGCGCCGGUGUUGUUUUGA